AUGACCAAGCGUGUUCGAGUAACUAAACAGGAAGCGACAGUGCCGACGCUCGUAGGCCUCACAGACACAAGUACGACGCUAUCAUCACAUCCUAAUAUAACAAACAAGGGCAAUAUAACCACAUCAACAAGCGUCGAGGGAAAACACGUGAUGCUGCCUGCAUUUUUAUCCAAGACGUACGAGAUUUUCAGCAUGCGGGAAUUUGCACACGUUUGUGGCUGGAAUGCUACUGGAGACACCAUAAUUGUGUCGCAACUUGAGGCUUUUGUGUCCAUGGUGCUGCCGCGCUUCUUUAAACAUCGCAACUUCCCGUCGUUUGUGCGUCAGCUCAAUCUCUAUGGCUUUCAUAAGACAGUGCUGGACUCGAAGCGGUUGGAGUUUCAACAUCCGUACUUUAAACGUGGUCAACCUGACCUGCUGCACCACAUUAAACGCAAAGUCUCGAACAGCAAUCACCACAACCAACAGAUCGUCAGCACAUCUAUCCAGAACUCAAGACUUGAUACCCACCGGGAGAUGUCAGACGCUCUGCUGCGCGAGAUGAAGGAGUUGCGUCAACGUAGCGACGCCAUGGAGAAACGUCUGCGCGAGGUGGAAAUUGACAAUGCGAUUGUACGGAGUGACAAUCUGAAGUUGUGGAAGCAUCUGGAGGCAGCAAAGGACAAGCAGUUGGUCAUGCAGGAGAAAAUGAAAAAGAUCAUGUGGAUUUUGUUUCAGAUCUAUCGCGGAAAGCAGCAGAACCUCCCGAAACUGUCUAGCAACGACGUUACAGGCGCUGUUAUCAGCGAUGACUACUCAAAUAGCAGUAUGCUUGGGCCAAAAGAAUUUCGAGAUGUACUGCGCUUUCUGGCAAUGGAUGAACCCCCGAUGUUGCCUGAAUCAUCCGCCAAUGUUGCGUCUGCAACGCAAGGCUCGCGAAAGCGGAAGUUUGUCGAAGUACCGUCUGAUGUUGGUGAGGCACUCUUGGCAGAGAAUGCUUACAAAAUAGAAAACAAAGCGUCCUUAGCUGUUGAAGUGCCUAGCUCCAUGGGAAUGCCGAAUCCAUUUGCAAGGACUUUUCCGUCUGGUACUGCUCUUGCAGCACACCUAGACGAAGAGCAGAACAACGUGCUGAGUAUAUUCUCCCCACUCCAAGCGGUUAACAAUACCGCAGCAACCGCCGAUCCAACAUCGGGUGGAUUUGUUACAAGUGAUAUCGACACAAGUUCGAGCGCUUCCGCGACGGGGUCGACAUCGACUGAAUCGGCGCCACCUGCGACUGUCACCACACCGACCGAAUCAACUUCACAUGAAAGCACGCUGUCUGGCAGCAACGAAAGCGGAUCGCCUGAUUCAAAUCCUAUGUCAACUGCGGACGUAAGCAGUCAAUUGGCGUUUUUGGACGAGGAUCUCCCGUUACUGCCCGACUCCGACCACUAUAACUUCACUGACGGCGAACAGCAGUCAGUAAUGAAGAAACUCGAGGACUUUGAGACGUCGCUGCUAGACGAGUAUGACGUCGGCUGCCUUGACACCCUGUUAUUGCAGCUGAAAAAUGGUGCAGGCGACAAAGCGUUGGGUGUUGCAGUUGCAGACCCGGAGGAAAUUGUUGUUGGACCGAGCAACAUGUCGCCGAGCGAUGCCUAA